AUCGGUAAAAUCCAGCCGUGACCCAGCAGUAGCACUCUCUCAGCAAAAUGUUCCGCUUUAUUCUUGCAUCCCUGCUCUUGGUGGGUCUGAUCGACCACAGCUACUCGAUCGACUACUGUACGGCCAACCUGUGCCAGAGCGGAGUCCCGAAUGUUGGCUGCAAUCCUCCACCACUGAGCGGUGGUCCCAGCUGCUCCGGAAGAUCUCCAGCCGUAGUGCCCAUCACGGCGAACCUGCAAUCGCUCAUCCUUGAUCUGCACAACAGACGCCGUUCGCAAAUCGCUUCCGGUGGUGUGAGCCCCUUCUUCCCGGCUCGCCGCAUGCCCACACUGGUCUGGAACGCUGAGUUGGCAUCGCAGGCAGGACACAAUGCACGGUCGUGUGUGUACGCGCACGAUCGCUGUCGCAACACGGUAGACUUCGCCUGGGCCGGUCAAAAUCUGGCCAUCAAACAGUUCUACGGACAAACGCUCACGGUCGAGAGUUUGAUCGAGGAUUUCGUUCGCAUGUGGUGGGAUGAGCAUUUCGAUACGUCCACCGCGCACAUCGACAGCUACCCGAGCAACCAUGUGGGACCCGCUAUUGGACACUUUACGCAAAUGGCGAGCGAUCGUACCUGGGCCGUGGGAUGUGCCAUGCAGAACUGGAUUCAGGAUGGCAUCUGGAUCACGUACUACAUCGUGUGCAACUACUCGUUCACCAACAUCGUCAACCAGCCAGUGUAUGUGCGCGGUACGACGGCCUCGGGCUGCACCACUGGUCAGGACUCGCGCUAUCCGGGCUUGUGCUCGGUGAAUGAGGUAGUGCAGUCGGUACCGUAAAGAGGGUAUGGGAUUCUGUAUCGGUAUCAGGGGUUAUCAAACUGUCGAAAACUUGUGUCAUAAUUCGAUAAAUCAAAUAAUUGUAUAAUUGAAACCGUGGGAGAUUUCAUCAGUAGCAGGAAAGAAUGUCGCACGUCGCUCAGUUAUCAAAUUGUUUGAUAAUGGUUGCCUUAUCGCCAGACGGCCGUAUAUCUUGAAAAUUUUAAAUUUGAUUCAUAUUUUUGCAGCGCACGCUCACAGAACCAGUUCAGUUCAGUUCAGCAACAGUAACAGCGGAAGCAAGGAGAGAAAGCGCUUUCGUUUAUCUGAUUGUUUGAUAACCGUAGUUUUGUCAGCAAUCGCUCGCAAAGCUUGUAAUGCUACUGCUGGUUGAUUUUACCCUGUUAGGCUCGAUUGGGUCUGAUUAUUGAGUUCAACUUCCAACAAGAUAUGGAACCGAUGCCUAAAAGUGCUCACAGCUAUUUACAACAUGGGGGUUCGAGUAGCUUAGCGUAUUUGAGCACAUGGCUAACUAAUUCAAACAAAUAUCACCUUCAUAUGUUUCAUCUCGAGAGGAAUAUACCAGGUUUACUUGGAAUUUGACAGUUUUUCUUUAUUAUACACGAAUUUCGCAUACAAUCAAUUGUACUAUGUAUUAGCUAGCAAAGCACAAAGCUGCCAACAGAAGACCAAUACACCAUCCAAAGAAUAAAACAUACAGACAUACUUUACAGCAGCAA